AUGAGCGGGACACCAACAGGCAAGGAGCACGGGAACUCAUCCGCGGGUUCUUUUAGUCAAUUUCGUUUUGAGACACGAGCCCCCCGUCAACGUACCCAUGAAGCUACAUGGAAAAAACUAGCCGAGACUGUGCCAAGAACGGAAGAUGAAUGGCGCUUGGCGAGACAACAUGUCUUCAGCACCGCGGAGGAGAUGUCUAACACAUUGACCGAGCUGCUUAUGCCAUCAAAGAAGACCUACCUCUACGAGAUAACCUUCUUGGCGAGCCGCCAUACAAUCCUCUGUUGCGAUCCAGAACAAAGACAGACAGUGUACUCUGAUCUCCGAGACUUCUUUGGCAACCCCCACCUUGAUGACGGCAUGUUGGAGAGAUACAUGAAAUCAGUGGUGAGACUCAUCAAAGUUCUCGAUGAGCUCUACUUGGAGGGUCUUCUGCACCGUGCUUUUGAAGCGAUUCUUUACAUACCGGCUCAGAGGUCACACCUGCGUCAGUAUGGAGAGCACCCAGACAGGUUUAAAUCUGCAUUCCUCAUUCAAAAGCCUUCAGAAGAAAUUCAUGGAUCCCUGCUGCUGUACAUCCCUUUCCUGGUCCACUAUACAUUCCCUUAUCUAAGCCUUACCAGUGCUCGAGACGCUCUCAAUAGCCGGCUCCUCGGUGAAAGCGAGUACCACUUGUUCGAGGACGCGAUCAAGACCAAAACAUUUGUUCCUCGGCUCCCACCUUUGCCACCCCUGACCCUACCCUUGUGCGUUAUACAGCACUUUGAAGUCUUCAAACUACCUGGUGACCUACAGUUGGCCUUGUCAGAGUUGGCGGUGCAGCUUCGUGGGUACAAUCCAAUGCCGUCUGCUAUUCCAGGGGAAACUCAGAUGCAUGCCUAUGAGUGGCCAGGUGCCAAUGAGAUAAUUAGGGAAAUAUUAAAAUGCCUGACCAGUCAGGGGCUUCUCAAAGUGGAGGAAUAUGCUGUCGGUACACCUUAUGCCAUCCACCACGACUCUGGACCUCUUCCUACCCCAAGCGGAACCGUUCAGGUCAUCGUGCCAAUUAUUAAGGAUGCGGCUGGUAGCUGUCAAGUCUCCCUUGGCUGUUACACGGAUAGUGAACAAUGGGCAUCUUGGGACGCUGGACAGGGGUUUCUCUUGAACCAAGGCACUUUCUUAUUACCAAAACAGCCUAUUGACUACAUACUAACUCGAUUUCGAAUCUGA